ACGAAAUGAAACGCGCAUGCGCACAUAACCCACACGCAUCUGACAUUGAAAGCACAGCAGUAUUUCCGGAGGUUUUGAAUUGGAAAUUAAACAGAACCGUCAUGCCCGGUGCAAAGCGCAUUGCUGAUGUGGGAUACAGGCUCUUCUCGGGCUCCAUGAUGCUGUUAACGGUCUACGGAGGUUACCUGUGUGUUAUGCGGGCUCAACGGUACAUGCAGAAGAGGAAACAACUUGAGCUGGCUGAACAGAAUGGGAGUACAACAUCAGAGUCAAUUAAAGAUUAACACACCCAUGCCUUAUUUCAAAAGAGAUGGGCUGUAAAUAAUCAAGCAAACGUGUGGGACAUUUUAUGUGGCCGAGCAGAUGUGUGUCAACAGAAAACCCACCUGUGUUCAUGACCCACAGGGUGGGUCUGGGCGUUUAUUGGCCUUUUGUGCAAUUCAAUGGGUGUAAACCAGUCAUUACCAAACUAUUAAAUGUUCUGAUUAUGAGUGUUUGUG